AAAGCAAAAAAGGCCAGCGUCCGGACUCCGGAGUCUUCUGCCAUCGCCACCGCACUGCCCGUUGGCCCGUUGCCGGCCCGCAGCGCCUCCGCAUGCCCGUGCGCCGCCCCCCGCUCACCAGUGCGCGCGACCAUGGAGGACAGGAGGAGCGCCGCCCGUGCUGCCCCUGCCCCUGGGUGCGGCGGCCAUGGAGGAGUGAGAGGAAUCAGGUGAGUCCAAGUGGGGAGGGAAAGAGGAUAGGAUAUUUUGCACGCUACUGACGCCACACGGCAAUUUUGGUCAUAAGGCUCCCAGCUGUACCCAAAAAAAAGAAGCCCUCUCCGACCGUCCUACCCCUCCGCUCCCCUCGCCGGCGCCGCGGCGGCGGCGAGGUAGAGGGCGCCUCUUCCUUUCCGACCCGGUUCUCACCGCCCCAGCCCGCUCGCCCCCAUCGAGCGGCCCCCGUGGCCCUAGGUGAUUCGCGCCUCCUUCCGCCGCAGCGGAACAGGACGCCUGGCCGUCGACCAUCGAAGCGAUUCCUCUCUCGCGGGCGUCCUCGUCUCGCCCGUGCCAGUGGAUCGGAGUGGGGAGGGGAUCCGUCCGGGCUUCGAUCGGUUCGUUCUCCUCCUGCUGUCAAACUUGGAGUUAGACAAUGGAUCUGGAGACAGAGAAUCGUCUUGCUUCUUUACUACUUGAAGAGGCCCAGAGAUUACAAUUAGAGGCUAACAGGGAAGUUGUUCAUGCAUAUCUGCGGAAACCUAAUGUUAGGCAUCGUCCAAACUCACGGUUCCUCACAGCCACAGUCCGUGGAGUUCAGCAAGCAAAUCGUGUUGUGGAGGUUGAUGAAAUGUGGCGUGCCAGGGAAAAGGAACUAGAGUUGGAGUCAAAAAUGAAAGGCAGAAGUAAAGAUCGUGAUGAUUUUAGGGGUGAGAAGCGCAAAAGUGAUUUGAGAAACCAUAUCUCCAGCUCAAGGGUUGAACAAGAAGGAACCACUUAUAAUAAUUCCUACUCAGACCAGGAGGAUGGUCUCAGGGAUGAUGAAAUUGAAAGAUUUCUUCAUUCAAGCGCAAAGCGAGGACGUGGGGCCGUUGGUUCUAGGAUGGAUGAGCCUGGUCCAUACCUCGAUUCUUUGUCCCGCCAUCAGGACAAUGGACCUAGUGCUGACAUACGCGUGGAAGAAAAAUGGGAGCGCAGAGUACAAGGCCCAGAGAAGCCUUCACUUUUGGGAUCUAAAUCUCUUGAUGGUCAUUGUCGCAAGGACACUUUGGAUGGUAGGUCAUCAAGCUCUGAACCACAGACCAAAAAAGAAAAGAAAAAUAAGUCUGAGAAAAGAGAGAAGAUAGAGAAAAAGAAGGAAAAGGAUAAGAAGAAAUCCAAACACCGCCGCCACCACCAUCACAGAAGCACCAGAAGUGAAUGAGUGAUGUUGCCUGUUAGCAGAACAGAAAAAUGUACACAAGGGGUCUGCCCUGAGACAAGCUAGCUGACUGUUGCGGUAACUUGAAACCUGUAUGUAGAAUGGACUAUGGUUCUUAUAAUUGUUCUGGCGUUUGUUCAAGUUUUGUCACUUUGAUUUAGCA